AUGGAAGAAAUCUUGUGUACAAAUCUCCUUCACCUUGCAUUGCUCUUUGUCCCUCUAUCUCUUGUCUUUCUUGUUUAUAAACGGAAGUUUCCCCAGGUGAAACUUCCGCCUGGUACAAAGGGAUGGCCAUUCUUGGGUGAGAGUAUGGAAUAUGUGAAGGCUGCUCGACAAGGCCACCCUGAGAAAUUCAUUAAUGAUAGGACACAAAAAUACUCAGCGGACGUUUUCCAGACAUCGUUGCUUGGAGAAAACAUGGCUGUCUUCUGCGGGGCUUCAGGGAAUAAGUUACUCUUCACAAGUGAGAAUAAGUAUGUCACAGUAUGGUGGCCACGCUCAAUUUCAAAAGCUUUGCAGUUCUCUGACCCUGAUGAAUUUGUCAAAGAAGAGCAUGAUAAAAGCCGUAGAAUAAUGUCUGAAAUUCUCAAGCCUGAAGGUCUGCAACACCACAUCCCUAUCAUGGAUUCCAUGGCAAGGGAACAUCUGGAGACAGAUUGGUCUCCCCAUAAAGAAGUAAAGGUUUUCCCACUUUCGAAGAAGUACUCCUUUGCAUUGGCUUGUAGAUUGUUUAUAAGAGUUAGAGAUCCCAAUCUGUUAACCAAGCUUUCUAGCCAUUAUGCUCUUGUAACUGCUGGAAUGCUAUCAUUUCCCAUCAAUUUUCCAGGUACUCGGUAUAACCGAGCCAUUAAAGCAAGCAAAGUAAUUCUUCUGGAGUUUUUAGAGAUCACCAAGCAAAGGAAAAUGGAGCUAUUGGAGAAGGAAGAGCCAUCUCCGGACUUGUUAACGCGUAUGCUUCUUUUUAAAGAUGAAAAUGGCAGGUCGAAGAGCGAGAGAAACAUAGCAAAUACUAUUUUAUCAUUGCUUGUUGCCAGCCAUGAUACCAUAAGCACUGCAAUAACAUUUGUCCUCAAGUUUCUGGCAGAGCACCCCCAUGUGUAUUGUAAAGUCUUCAAAGAACAAAUGGAGAUUGCAAAGUCCAAAGGUCCUAACGAGCUAUUGAACUGGGAUGACAUUCAAAAGAUGAAAUAUUCAUGGUGCGUGGCUUGUGAGACAAUGAGGCUAUUGCCUCCAUCUCAAGGCACAUUUAGAGAGGCUAUAACUGACUUCACCUAUGCUGGUUUUACCAUUCCAAAGGGCUGGAAGGCUUUCUGGACAGUGUACUCAACCCACAAAAAUCCCAAAUACUUUCCAGAUCCAGAGAAAUUCGAUCCUUCAAGAUUUGAAGGGAAUGGACCUGCACCAUAUACUUUUGUACCUUUUGGAGGAGGACCUCGCAUGUGCCCAGGAAAAGAGUAUGCUCGGUUGGUGAUUCUUAUUUUUCUGCACAAUUUGGUAACUAAAUUCAAGUGGGAGAAAGUUAUUGCAGAUGAAAAGAUCAUAUUUGAUCCAACUCCAAUUCCAGUGAAUGGCUUCCCAAUUUACCUUCAACCUAUUUAA